AGCACCUCGACGCGCACACGAUCCUUGCCUGAGCCUCUGAGUCUCUGAGGACCCACCCCCACUCACUGCUCACUGUUCAUAGCCCGCCUCCCAGCGCCCGCCGCGUGCCGGAGCGUAUACACCAGCGCCCUUCCACGUCCCCGCAGCAGGCGUUAGGUCGCCCAGCUUUCCACUCCUUUCCCCGACGCUCCUUUUCCCACCCGGCACACCAUGUUUACGCCCCCGCCGUCGCCCCUCCCUGGCCCCGGCCCCGCGAAGCCCUUCGCGCCGUCGGACAAGCUCGCGAGCGCGGCGGACGAGCCGCAGCCGACCUACGCCCCCGAUCAGACGCCCCGCAAGCGCCGGAUCGGCAGGCGCAUGCGAUGGGCCGCGCUCGUCGUCCCCUUCGUGCUCAUCCUGAUCACCGCCUCGACGCGGUAUGUCACUCACCCUGCCGCGUUCGACGUCCUCGCCGAUGCGUCGCACUCGACAUGGUCCGACCUCGCGCACUGGACGCCACAUAAACGGCACCCUCAGGAGGAGGUAGCGGGCGAAUACUCCAGCGUAGCGAGCGUAUCCACCGCGUCCAUCACCGAUAUCGCAUCCCUCACCCAGGCGGCAUUAGCCAUCGAGUCCAGCUCCGCCUCCGCCUCUCCCACGCCCUCUACCACCACCGGCGCCCCCACCGUACCCUCCGAUCCCGUACUCCCGACGCCCUUCCCCCAGCCGUUCGACUCGGACCUCACGCAGAACUACUCCUCCGUCUCCUGCUUCAACUUCUUCAACAACAUGACGAACACGGAGCCCUUCCGCCGCUGCCGCGCCUUCUCGCUCCUGUGGCAGAGCAGCAGCGCGUUCAUCAGCGCGCAGUCGAACGUCACGCUCAUGAACACGCUCGUCUGGGGCACGUGCAACACGCCCAUCGACGCGGACGCGUGCAGCGUGAACAUGGCGUGGUUCGCGGGCGAGUUGCAGACCGCGUGCGCCGCGGAUCUCAAGGACGGGAACACGCGCGUCACGGAGACUUUAACGGCGAUCCGCGCGUACGAUGUGAUGCGCAAGGUCGCCUGCCUCGUCGAUGAGAGCACGGGCGCCUACUGCUUCGUCAAAGCCGUCGCGGGGACCGACUCCGCCGACAAGUACACGUACAACCUGCCCCUGGGUCUCCCCAUCCCGUCGACCACGGCGCCCUCGUGCAGCUCGUGCGCGCAGGACGUUUUCCAGAUCUACGCGGACGCGCUGCAGAACAGCAGUACGACGCUCGACGGGCUGCAGCUGACGUACGAGGACGCGGUGGAGACGACGAACCAGAAGUGCGGGCAGUCGUACGCGACGGCGAUCGUGAAGAGUAACGGCGCGCACGCCCGGUGUCCGUGGUCGUGGUCCGCGCCAGUGACACUCGCGGUGGUCGCUGCUGCAUUGGUUAUCCAAUGACCGCGGCACCGAUCCCCAAUGGUCGCCACUCUCACCACGGUGACCAGCACAUACGGUGACGCUCAUGGCACCUUCCGCUCUUUACGAACACUCCCUUCCCCUACCCCUAUCCCUACGCUUCAUCCCCCUACCCCUAUGCUCCCUCCCCACGCCCUGCUACGCUCUCCCCUAAUCGCUUGUCGCUUCACGCGUGUUGUACUGUGCUUGUGCUUUUGUACUUCUUUCUUUCGUCACACUGAGACGGGCUCUCGCUCUUUGUAUGCCGAGAAGGGUUGCCAUGGGAGACAGGCUUGCUCCGUCCGCCAGACGCUGCUCCUCUCACAGGAGCCAAGUCUGGCGGAUCUCAUGCCAUCCCCUUCCUCCCUCUCGGCCCCCCGCUUACCGACAAUUUUGGCGUUGUAGAUACUUGGAUGGACCCUGCCGUGUUUAGCUAUAGACUAUACUUACCUUCAAUCGGUCGCUUAACUAGGUUUAUGUACCCGGGUUAUGGGCGGAGAGGUACUCCUGAAUGGACUCGAAUACAAUAGGAAGUAUGUUGUUCGCCCUCUGCUGUGUGCAAGGACCACUCAGGAUGUACGAGGUCUCGUCGUGUCCUCGAUCUUGAGGAAACAACCCGAGUAGUUAAGCCAGACCGCCGC